AUGAAGAGGAGUUCCUCAAGAGACAGUUUACCUCGGUCGAAAAGGACGCGUAGUAGUAUCGGGAGAUACGACGAUAGUUCUGAUGAGCGCGCUACGCCGGAUAGGGUGCGCAGGCGAGUCCGUUCGCCUAGUCCUCGAGGUCGGUAUGUGUCUCCGCAUAGAGACGAUUACGUUAGGUCUCGCGAAGUGAGAGAGGAGUCAGUGCGGCCUUAUUAUAAGGUGCUGUGUGUUAGUGCUCUACACCCUAAAGCUUCUGAUGAGAUUGUAAAAGAUACUCUCUAUAGAGAAUAUAAGAAGUUUGGAGACUUCAGUAUUAAGAUUUCACAUGAACUAGAUGAGCGUGUGGCGUAUGUUUGUUUCAGAAGUGUUGAAGACGCUCGUGACGCCAAACAUGCGAAACCACGUAUUAUUCUGUAUGAUAAGGUUGCUAUUGUAGAUCCUGUAUAUGAACCAGUUCGUUCGGAAUAUAGGAGCCGGCCGAGAAGCAUCACCCCUCCAGAUUAUGAUCGCCCCUAUUCCUAUGCUUGGUCCCCAGUGCCUGAACGACGAAGACCACCACCUGAUGAUAGAGGUUAUGGAAUUCCCCCUACUGUACCACCCCACCAUAGAGAUUUUAGACCUCCAAUCCAUGAAUACCCAUUAGCAGGUCCACAUGGACCUCCAAUGCAUCGCCCACCAAUGCACCACCCACCACAUCCUCAUUAUAUACCAAGACCAUAUAUGCCUAGACCUCAUCAUCCAGGUUUUGAAAAGACAGAGAACAAGAAAGAUAAAUUUCCUAACUAUCUUCAUCAUGUUCAACCAGAAGAUGAUCCUCUAGCAACAAGAACCCUUUUUGCAGGAAAUUUAGAAAUCAACAUAUCAGAUGAAGAAUUACGUCGUAUAUUUGGACGUUAUGGCAUUGUUGAAGACAUUGAUAUUAAGAGACCUCCACCAGGAACAGGAAAUGCCUUUGCAUUUGUACGCUAUCAAACACUGGAUAUGGCACACCGGGCUAAAGUGGAACUGUCUGGUCAAUAUAUUGGCAAAUUUCAAUGUAAAAUUGGUUAUGGUAAGGCUACUCCAACAACUCGUGUUUGGGUGGGUGGUCUGGGGCCUUGGACAUCAGUUGCACAACUAGAACGAGAGUUUGAUAGAUUUGGAGCUAUUAAGAAAAUUGAAUAUGCAAAAGGGGAGCCUCAUGCUUAUAUAUUGUAUGAUUCUAUAGAUGCUGCACAAGCUGCUGUGAAAGAAAUGAGAGGAUUCCCCUUAGGCGGGCCAGAAAGACGCCUACGUAUUGAUUUUGCUGAUGCUGGAAAUGGUGGUCCUUACAGACCUAAAACUUAUGCUCCACCAGUGGGUGAAGAUGGACGACCGGUAGAGGGAUAUGAAGCAUAUGACAGUACAUGGGACGACAGUUAUGGGUAUGCUGGUUAUAGAGGCAGGGGUGGUCACCGUGGUCGCGGACGCGGAACCUAUAGAGGUGUCUACCAUGGUUCAGGAGACUACCGCGAUGACGAGUGGCGCCGGCCACCUGACACAGACUAUGAUAGCCGAAUACGUAGGUCAGGUUCUCGAGAGCCUGGUGUCGACCGUUCAAGGUCACGAACACCAAGACGACGUUCACCGGAUAGCGAUUCAGAUGGUUCACCUCGUAGAAGUGGUGGUAUGCUCUCCUCAGCUAGGACCCUCCCUGAGGUUGUUCGUAAAGCUUUGACUGUUUGGAACGGAGCUUUGAUUCUUAAGAACUCUCUCUUCCCUACCAAAUUUCACCUCACAGAUGGUGAUUCAGAUAUCAUUGACAGCCUUAUGAAAGAUGAAGAUGGCAAGAAUCAGUUAAGAAUAACCCAAAGGCUUAGACUAGAUCAACCAAAACUGGAUGAUGUACAAAAGCGUAUAGCCACAUCAAGCUCCCAUGCAAUAUUUUUAAGCGUAGCAGGGUCUACAGCCUCUAUUACAAAUGACGAUGCAAGCAUACAGACACGUCCUAUGAGGAAUUUGGUUUCAUAUCUAAAGCAAAAAGAGGCUGCUGGUGUAAUUUCACUUCUCAAUAAGGAGACUGAGGCCACUGGAGUCUUAUACUCUUUCCCUCCUUGCGACUUCUCAACUGAAUUGUUAAAACGCACUUGCCAUAACCUCACUGAAGAGAGCCUCAAGGAGGACCAUUUGGUAAUCGUAGUGGUCCGCGGUGGCUCAGCAUAA